AUGGAACGCAUUUACAAUAAAACAACCGAAUUUAAUUAUUCAGACGGUAAUACGUCGAUCAUAUCGAACGAUGUAUUUAACACGGGAAGUCCCGUUGUUCCACUGUGGGUGGUGUAUUCGUAUUUCAUAUUUGUCUGUCUGGGGGCUGCUAUAAAUCUGAUUCAUUUCUUGGCCUUAGUGAGAUGCAGAAAAAGCGGUGCAUUAACUCUGAUUAUGCAGCUGUGUAUGGUUGAUUUCUUGUCGCCAUACGUAGUAGUGUUAGAAAUACUUACCCUCAACAAUCAAAUCUGGAUCUUCUCUUUGGAUAACUGCACCAUUUUCAACGGGAUCGAGGUCUUAGUUAACUCCUUGGUGGUCUGGUUAAUCAUCUGCCUCAAUUUUCAAGUUAUAUCUAUAUGGAAUUUAUACAGAAACGAAGUAGAGAAGAAAAAUGCGAAUCCCCUGACAUCGUGCCAAGACGAAUCAAACGAAUGUUUGGUUACAAAGAAAGAGAACGCUAACAGGACACUGAAUAUUGACUAUCAAAAGAGGAAGAAUGACAUAUCGGUAAUCGUACCAGUCAUUCUGAUAAUUUUUGCAUGUUUCUCGUUAAGUAUUCCGAAUUUUGCAUUAUCGUCGACUUUACCGGUAAAUGGAAAUCAUACCAUUUGCGUAAUUAUGGACCACUUUUACGGGCACACUUUACAAAAGGCACUUUUUAUGUUCAGGAUUUUAGUGCCGGUAGCAUUGCAAAUACUUACACUCAUUAUUUUAAUUGUUAAACUUGUUCAAACGUCUCCAAAAGAUAUCGACAAUAUUUUAAUACAAAAAGCUAUUGAGAUCAGAGGCUUAUUGCUUUGUUCUAUAGCUGUCACCAUGUUCUAUAUAGCUACUUCGUACCAAAGAAAUUUGUUACAUUUCUUACACAUUAUGUCGCACAAUUUUGAUAACAGUACAGGUAAGGUUUUCAAAGUGCCGCCAUUUUUUAAUGACAAGUUAAGUUCGUCGGGUGGUGUUUACUUAUCCAUGUUACACUACUGCGGUAUCACUUGUAGGGCUUUUUUGUACAUUUUCGCUCUACCGAAGUUCCAAAAUCUGGUGAAAAGUAAAAUUUUUGUCUGUUGUAAAACGGAAAAGAAAUAA